AUGCAGGGCAUGGAUGUCUUCGCGCUGGUCGAAGAGAGCGAAUGCCGCUGCGGGGUCACCGCUGCAAACCGCAAUCUUCGGCACCGCAAAGACGAGAAUCCGCUACUGCAAUUCCAGGUAGCUGUUCUGGAGCCCUUCGAGCCCGAGAAAGGCACCUGCCCGCUCCGUGCCUACCGCUACAUCGGACACCUUGAAGCUGGAGGUCUGCCGCCUUCGAUGGUGACGGCUUCGGCAGGCGACGUCGAGUAUGUGGACAGCGUCUUUGCCGGGCAUCAGCAGACUGCAGCUGAGGAGGAUAUGGGGGCUCCAGAGCUACAGGACCUGGAGAAAUCCGCAGAGCAGGGGCAGUUGCGAGAUCUGCAGGACGACGGGGACGGCUCCGAGCCGCCGUGGGCGCGCGCCUGCUAUCCUCACAAUUGUGCCGUUGGUCGCGGACCUUGGCAGGACCGCAUAGACGAAGUGCCUGCAGGUGUCAAUGACAUCUGGGCAGACUAUGUCAUCGUGCCGUAUGUGUUUGAACACGAUGUUGACAAUGCCCGCAAGGAAGCUUUCCGAGCAGCUGUUGUCCGCUGGCAUGAGGGAACGUGCGUGGUGCUGAAGGAGGUUUUGCAAAUCCACGUCAGCCAGCCGUACAUCCAGGUGGGCAUCUACGACGAAAAUACCUGCUGGUGCCAGGGACAGGGUUAUCCCGGAUAUCGCAAUGGGCAGCCGCGAGCCGUCCGGAUCAAUCUAGGCUGGUGCAACAGCCUUUUCUAUGUGGGCAACAUGGUCCACGAAAUCGGCCAUGCCCUGGGAAUGAACCACGAGCAGAAGCGCCCGGACGCCUAUCAGAAGUUUCAUGGCCACGGGCCCCACAUCGUGGUGCAUUGGGACAACAUUGAGGCCGGCUGGAGGUCUCAGUACACGCACAACCAACACACCUACACGGGAUCGAACUACCAGGGAGUUGGCGACAGCUUCCACGGCUACGCUCCUUACGAUUAUGAAAGCAUCAUGCACUACCCGUUGACGGACGCUUACGACCCCAUUGAACCUGCCGUGGCGGGCCUCCUGGGCAACCGUGAAUACCUGUCAGAAGGUGACCUUACACAGAUCAACGACAUGUACCAGUGCAAGGAAAAGCUGGUCCGUGCAGUCACACUCAGAUGCGCUUUUGAAGCGGAUCUGUGCGAUUGGCGGGAUGUUGGCGACUCUGCAGAAGCAAAGUGGCACGUUCACUCCGAAGCUUCAGAUUCAGGAGGGCCCGGACGCGGUGCCGGGCAGACUUUAGGCUAUGCAUGGGCAGAGGUUCUCCAGCAUCCAGGGCAGGCUUUCGUGCUGCAGAGCCCCUACCUCGAUGUUACAAAGCAUUACAAGCUUCGCUUCAACUUCUUCUCGUCCUUGGGGAUGCUGGAGGUGGACUACCAGGAUGCUCUGGGCAUGACCAAGAAGCUUUGGAGCAAUCGCACGGCGUCGUCAGAGUGGUCGGUGCUGGGAGAGGAUUUGAGAAUCGACGUUCGGCAUGCAUCUGAGCACGACAAGGGCGAGACACAUCUUGGAAUUGGACUGGACGAGGUGAACAUCAUGGAUGCGCAAGGCGGCCAUGAUUCGACUGAGACCUCUGUCGACGGUCCAUCGUCAAAGAAGGGUGCCUUGUCUCAACUCAUCUCCUGGUUCCGGAACAUCCUUGACACACUUUUCACCAAGAAGUACGACGAUGCCAGCAGCCGGGCUUUGAGAUCGCACCUGCAUUCCCACCAGACACUCACGUCCAGCCUCCUGCCAGCGUGCCUGGCUGCCUUGGCCAUCAUGUUUGUUGGAAUCUUCAUUGCACGGGUCAGGGCGCGAAGUGCGCCUUCGGCCUCAGGAUUCAUCCUCGUCGUGGGAGAGUGA